AUCUUAAAGCAAGUGUUCGUAAAUAACGAAGAGGAAAAUGGGUACAAGAACGUAUUCAGUUAUUUACUGGAUUUGAAGACACGAUUAUCUGAGGUGACUGCUAUUGCUAAUUUCAACAGUAAGGCAAACAGAGACAAAUACAAGAAACAAUAUGACAAAUACUCAUCGAGGCGUGAUAUAAAUGUGGGUGACUGUGUUUUAGUCCUCAAACCACACAGAGACAGUAAGCUGUCCGUGAUUUGGCAGGGCCCGUAUAAGGUUCUAAACAAGAUUUCCCAAUUUAAUUAUGUUAUCCAGAAAGAAAAUAUGACAAAGAUAUAUCAUAUAAACAGACUUAUGAAAUACCAUUGUAGGGUAAAGAAGGGAGAUAAUCUAAUUGUUGCAGAUGAAAAUAGAAAUGAACUUUUGUCAGCUAAUAUGGUUUCAGUUGUAGGGGAGAAAGACGUUGCUGAGCAGGAUGAAUAUAAUGAUGAUAUGCUACCUAACAUUCCAACGCUAGAAAUUACGCAAAAGAGAAGAUUCACGAGGAUGUCUUCACACAGGUCAAAAUUAACCCCAAUUUGAACCAUAUGCAAAAGAUGCAAAUAAAUGAAAUUUUAACAGAGUAUAGAGACAUUAUAUCCAAUGUUCCUGGCAGGGCCACUGUCGAAAAGUUUAAAAUUAAAUUGAUUGAUAAGAAGCCUAUAGCUCUGAAACCAUAUGCGGUGCCCAUUCAUAUGAAAGAGAAAGUGAAGCGAGAAAUCGACAACAUGUUAGAAUUGGGAAUUAUAGGGCCGACGGACUCCCCUUAUGCAGCGCCAGUUGUUAUAAUUAAGAAGAAAGAUGGCACACUCCGCCCUUGUAUAGAUUUUAGAAAAUUAAAUAAUAUUACUGAAAUACCUGCUGAGGUAAUUCCUGAACAAGAAGAUUUGUUUAACAUGUUGUAUAAAGCCAAGUACUUUACAUUGGUGGACCUAACAAAGGGUUACUGGCAAAUUCCGAUCAGUGAAACGAGCAAACCUUUUACAGCGUUUAGAGUUUUUGGGGAGCAUUAUAUGUUCCACUACUUACCCUUUGGGUUGAGCAGUGCUCCAAGUCAUUUUAAUAAGGUUGUUAAGAGUAUGCUAAAGGGAGUAGAAAAUGUAUUGUUCUACUUCGAUGACAUUUGUAUUUUCAGUGAAGACUGGGAAUCACACUCGAAGAGUGUCAGAAAUGUUUUUUGCGCUCUAAGAGAGAACGGCUUUACACUAAAACCAGAUAAACUUGAGGUGGGCUACACUAGUGUUAAAUUUCUGGGUCAUAAUGUGGGACAAGGAGUUAUCAAACCUGAUCCUAGCAAUGUAAAAAAGAUCAUGGAAUUUAAAACACCCACUACAAAGAAAGAAAUACGUAGUUUGAUUGAUCUGAUAAAUUAUUACAGCAAAUUUAUUCCGAGUUACGCGGAUUUAGUAUUCCCCUUUACAGAGUUACUACGUCGGGGCAUAGACUAUAUAUUACAUGGACUGCCAACUCUACGCACUAAGCCUAUAUUCUUCAAUAAACAAGUCCCGUUCACGGAGGCGUCCUUGGUUGCGUGGUAAAUUGACUUCCGGUAGAUUUUUUUUUACUAUAUAAAGAAACCAUUCCCGAAGAUUUUUACCACCACUUUUACAGCAAAUCAUGAAUGAAAACUGAAUUGUUAAAGAAGAUGUUACAGAAGAGCAUACUACUUCCACAAACCUGAUUUGAUUGUCACUAACUUUCAAAUUGAAAGGGAUCUACUAAAACUGCUCAUGAAUUUUGAGAUUUUACAGCAAAUAGAGGAACAAAUUUUAUCUGCUUCCACUUAGACAAACAGCAUGGAAAUGUGCUAUUGUAAUGAGUAGAAGAUAUUUGUCAUUUAGAGUAUCAUGCGUCAUUGACUUAUGAAAACAAAAUGCAACAGCAAAUUAUCAGUCAGCACAUUUCAAGAUGAGGAAAAGAACAGUAUAAGCUACAUUCAUUGAUGCAUUAUUUAUACAAAAAUGUAUAGUCAACCAAGUCAUCAAUCCAUUUUUUUAUGAAGCCAGUUACAGUUACCAUGAAAGGAUGAAAUUUCAGAUAAUAUUCUGUUUGUUUUAUGAAAUGAGAAUAGGCCUACAUCAGAAAUUGAAAUGGUCAUCUUCAGUAUUUAAUGUUUCAUCUAAAAAUGAUAAUUAUAUUAAUACAUAUUUGAUGUACAAACAAAUGAAAACCAUUCAAACACUUUUUUUUUGUGAAGUAUAGAGGAUUAAACUUGUAAGUGUCUGAACAAUACUACAUCGACAUUAACUUAUUAUUAUAGACUUUUUACAGGAAAUUGAAUAAUGCUAACAUUUACUGACAAGUGAAUAUUGAAGUAAUGAUGUGCUUUCUAUUUUAAUAAGUCAAUAAUAUUAGUAAGAACAAUAUUAUCUUCACUUUCUUAAUAUUAUAAACUGUUAGACACCUUAUUUAUAUAGGUUAGUUAUUUAGCGACGCACCAUAGAAGACGCAUAUUGAACGGGACUAGUGACGUUUGGGAUAUGUUGGGUUAGAGACUGAAAAAAUCAGUUAGCGAUAGAACAUUCCAGGGUAACGACGUGUUUAGUGACAGAGACUUCUACUGUGGCCUUUUAUCAGAAUAAAUCCAUGUACAAUUGUUCAUCAGAGUUGACUACAUCUCUUCACUUGUUAAAAUAGAUGUUGUAUAGUCCUUGUUUGGAUUGUCGUUCAACUGCACGUAAUACACCCGAACAAUUACACCCAAACGAUUGCAGAGUAAUUGGUUGACUUCAAGACAGCCUGAACUAGCAACAUCACAGUGGCGACCCCGAACCUCGAAGCCGGACCCCUGAUGAAGCCGAACAUCGAACCGGACCUCGAAGCAGAACGUUUACUCAGGUGAGGGUCGUGCACUCGAAGUUAUAAAGUUUCAUCGGAGUACGGCUGAACACAGAAUCAUCGCAGAGUGACUUUGUUCUAGAUCUACAUGCAGUCGUCGACUGUUUGAUCGCACGUUCAACGAGCCGUUAACUCAGGGUGACCUUCGUCAGGACCGUAAUCAUCGCAACGUCUGGUCUACUUAACCAGUAUAUUAUCAACGCCUGAUCUUCAUAUGCUGAAUCGACCUACAACCAGAGAAACCGUUCAUUCAUAACGGGUGAGAGAUCGUUGGUGAACCUGUUGGACAUAUUUUUUUCUUCGUCAUAGGAGCCACAUCGAGUAUCAAGUUUUACCUCGCCAGUUCGAGAAGGACAGUUUGCCCGCUGUCAGAAGUAUUGUGAGUACUACAAGUUUGGUAGCUAACUAAAUCGAAACCGCUCUGUCGUCUUACCCUUGGAGAGAUUCUUGUGGAGCAGUUUGCUCAUUGAACCGGUUGCUUACCACUUUUAUAACGGUCACUGUGUUUAACCUUUGGAAGGUUAGUGAAGUAAUCUUUAUCAGCACUGAACAUUGAUCUAUGUAGUAUUCGUUGGUCUAGACGAUAUCUAGACGUGCUGAUAUUGAAGUUGUGGAAACAGCUACAUCCACUUAAUUUCGUUGAAAACCGUUAGUCGUAUAACGGAACGUCGGAGGUGACCUUGGUUUCACCUAGUCUACAUUGGACAGUUUGGUCUAGUGAAGCAGAGUACAACAGAAAACUUCGUCGUACUACCAGAGUAGCAGCAGAAGCAGUGAACUAUUUUAGAGAACCGUUAUUCGUCAGCCCAGAUCAAGUCAUCGUCAAGAAAGUCGUUAUUCGUCAGCCCAGAUCAAGUCAUCGUCAAGAAAGCCGUUAUUCGUCAGCCCAGAUCAAGUCAUCGUCAAGAAAUUCGUUAUUCGUCAGUCGUCCAGAUCAAGUUGCCGUCAAGAGACUGUUAUUUGUCAGUAGUCGUCUACACAAGUCAAGUCAUCGCCAGAAGAACCGUUAACCUAUUCGUCAGUAACUGUGUACACAAAGUCGUCGGAACUACACAUACGGUCAUCAACAGUCAUCGAAGAAACUGGGACAUUUUGCUGUGACAUAUCAGGACAUCUGUGGCAUUACGUGGGAUACGGGUAGCACCGGAGAACAGAGUCAGAACUGGAAGAGAGGCAGUGGAAUUUGUUGUGAUCUAGCAUAUUCGGGAGUCCGAACAAAGGGAUCUUUCUUAUCAAAAGCUAAGUGCCAUUUUUCUUAUUAGUGUAUGUUUAGAUUGCCCUUAGAAAUAGAUUUUGUCUAAAUUUGGUAUGUUAGCCUGAGUAAAAUCAGGUGGUGCUGAAGCCUUAAACCCGUUCGGGGUAAAGACAUAAUUUAGAUGAAAAACUAUAUUAUACGUUUAGGGUUGUAAUUUGUUUUGUUUGUGUAAACGUCAUAUCCGUUGUUGCCUGGUUACUUCGUGACGUUAUCAUUGUGUGCCAUAUUGUCAUAUCCCAACCCAUAGCGAUAGUCUCAUUUAAUUAUUUCAUUUGUUUAUAUUAUUUUAAAUUAUUUAUUUUUAUUAAUUUAAUUAGAUCUGUAAUUUUUUUUCACUUAAUGAUAGAAAGUGCGGGUAGGAUUCUUUUACUGUGAAUCAGACUAAAAUAAUUUUAGUUUGAGCGGUUAAAAUCAAAUAUGAUUUUGCCAUGAGAAUAAUGCCGAAACUGGCUAUGUAGUCAAACACUGUCGUCUGGCUAAAUUUAGAUCUACAAAUUGUACAUCUCUUUGGUACAUUUGAUUAUCUAGACUCUAAUUUGAAAUAUUAUGAAUUGAAAAAUGAAUGAAGGUAGUACAUUCUAGAUAUAUAUAUCUUGUUGAAGAUAUAUUUGACAUUGUAUACACAUAUUUGUUUCGUAUGGUUAAAUAGAACCAUAAUCUACUCUAGAUCUAGACUCUAGACAGUCUUUGAAUUUACUCUAAACACUUCACUGUAACUUCAGUCAUAGUAGUCAUACCAGGUUUUAAAAGUGAUCAUAGUUAUUCAUACUAGAUCCAAAAGUUAUAGUGCUCUUGAUAACUAGAUCUAAAUGGUAUUAUUAUACAUACUAUAAUAUACUAAAUUUAAAUUUGUGUGAUACUAGAUCUAAUAUGCAGAUUUGAAUAUAACUCAGACUAGAUUUACUCAUUUACUAAAUCUAUAGAUAGAGACUUAAACUUAUAUAAAAGUUUGUAAAAACUUAAAUAUAAAAUAAGUACAAAGUAUAGCCAUAACCAAUAUAGGCUAAGUAAAAAUAUAUAUAAAAUAUAAAAUACAAUGGCUACAUCAUCAUAUGUGGACCUUAAGGAGGUUAAGGAAACAGCUAUACAGGAUGGAAAGGCCAUGGAGUUAAAAGGAAAGGAUUUAGCAGCUUAUGUACAGCAAGUUGUGAAGGAAGAAACGGAACGUCAAAGACAAGAGAUAGAGAGACAGAAAGAAGAAAAAAGACAAGAGAUAGAGAGACAAGAUAGGAUCAGAAAGGAAGAAUAUGAGAAGCAAAAAGAGGACCAAGAAAGGCAGAGAGAACAUGAAGCUAAAAUGGAGAAGAUGAGAUUGGACGCAGCACAAGCCAGAGCCCAAACUGAACAAGGAAAUAACACAAAUAACUCAAAUAAUUAUACCACUCAAAGAGACAACCCUAAUUCGCAGACAUGGCUAAAAAGGAAGAUACAAAGUUUUGAUGAACAGAAGGAUGACAUUGGUGAUUUUUUGAAAAGAUAUGAGGCAAAAAUGUCUACAUUUAAUAUGCCUGAAGAAGAAUGGUCUGAAAUACUGAUAGACUUUGUUCAUGGUCAAGCUCUAACAAUAUGCCAAAAUCAUGACCAUCAUAUUGAUGAUAGCUAUCAGGUCUUAAAAAGAGAGUUAUUGAACGCAUAUGGUCAUAAUGCUACAACUUUUAGAAAGAAAUAUUUUGACAAUAUACCAUCAUUAGGAAUAGAACCCCAAACUACUAUUAAUAUGGAAAAGGAUUUUUUCAAUAAGUGGGUAAAAUUAGAAAAAGUGAAUAGUUCGUAUGAGGGAUUAAAAAAUUUUAUUCUAGUGGACAACUUUGUAAAUAAAUGUGAUCCUCAAUUACAAUCUUUUAUUAGAGAAAGAAAUCCAAAAACUAUAGAUGAAAUAACAGAAAUAAUGAGAGUAUACAAAAAUGCAUAUCCAAAUAAACCAUUUUCUGAUAGGGAUAAGAGCAAAGUAGAUUUAAUAGGAUACACCAAAGAAAAUGUUGAUAGAAGUAGAAAUAGAAACAGAUCAAAUAGUGGAAAUAGAAAAUAUAGUGAAAUAACCUGUUUUAAAUGUCAAGGAAAAGGUCAUAUAGCAGCUAACUGUAGAAGAGGGAAUAGUAGGUCUGGAAGUAGAAAUAGAUACAAUGAACAAAAUAACAGUAGAUAUAGGAGUAGAGAUAGGAAUGACAGGGGAAAUUAUAGAUAUAGGAGUUACAGUAGGGAAUACAAAAAUAAAGGUACAGAUAGGAUAUAUUUCAUGGAAGGAAAUAGGAACAAUUUUGCAGUGUACCCAGGGUUUGUAGAUAGAAUUCCAGUGGAAUUAAUUAGGGAUUCAGGUUGUAACACUUUGGCAGUAAAAACUAAAUUUGUCAAACCUCAUUGGUAUAAAGGGUUUACUAAGAAAGUAGAAUUAGCAGAUGGCACUGUAAGGGAAUUUAAAGCUAUAAGGGUGUACAUUGAAACUCCAUUUUUCACUGGUUAUUGUGAUGGCAUUGCAAUACCAGAAAUGAGAUAUGAUAUGUUGGUAGGAAACAUAAAAGGAGUUAAAGAAUGUUCUAGAAAAGAAUUAGAAGACUGGCAAAACAAAUACAAAAACAUAAGACAAAAUCAUGAAAACAUAGAAACACAAAAUAUAACAAGUAUGGUAAUAACAAGAUCAAUGGAUAAACAAGAUAAGAAACAGGAAAAUACAAUAAAUGUAAUAAGUAAUGAUAAAGAAAAAGAAACCAGUAAUGUAAUACAAAUAGAAAAUACAGAUGUUAAGGAAAGAGAGAUAGAAAAUGAAACACAAAAUAGUCUUGAAACACAAAUAUUUCAAAGUGAAAAAGAAACAACACCCACAUUUGCAUUAGAACAAAUGAAUGACAAUAUUAUUGGGAAAAUUUAUUCAAGAAUAUCAGAUAAAAACAAUAAUAACCCAAUGGAGAAAUUUUGUAUAGAGAAUAAAAUAUUAUUUAGACAAACAAGUAAUGAUAACAAGAAAAUAAAACAACUUGUCUUACCACAGAAAUAUUGGAAAGAUGUUUUAAUCAUGACACAUGAUAAUAAUUUAGCAGCACAUAGGGGAGUAAAGAAAUGUUAUAGGAAUUUGUCAAAACAAGUAUUUUGGCCCAAAAUGAAAGCAACAAUCAACAAAUACAUAAACUCAUGUGACAUAUGUCAAAAGAGAUCUAACAAAAGCUUAGUGAAUAAAGCACCCAUUCAAGAAAUGGAUGAACCUACAGAACCAUUUCAGAAAGUAUCUAUUGAUUUAAUAGGACCUUUAAUUCAAACUGAAAAUAAUAACAAAUACAUUCUAACAGUAAUAGACAUGUUUAGUAGAUAUCCAGAGGCAAUCCCAUUAUCAAAUACAAGUGCAGAGAAUAUUAUUAAUGCCAUAACUCAAAAAGUAAUUACAAGACAUGGUAUACCUAAAAUUAUAUUGAGUGAUCAGGGAUCUCAGUUUAAGUCAGAACAAUUUAAGAAAUGGACUAAACAAUACAAUAUACAACACAUAUACUCUUCGGUUUACCACCCAGAGAGUAAUGAUUUAUGUGAACGGUAUGGUGGUUCAUUAAAAAGAUCAUUAACAAAAAUAAUUCAGAAUAAUCAGAACAAGUGGGAUCAUUACAUUAACUAUGUACUAUUUGCUCAUAGAAACAACAUCCAUGAAGCAACACAAUUUUCACCAUAUGAAGUAAUACAUGGAAGAAAACCUAGAGAUGAAUUAGAUGUUUUUAAAGAAAAUCUAAUAGACAAUGAGAAUAAAUUAAAUAAUGACAGUAAAACAACAAUCACAACAGAAUUGAAAGAAAUAUGGACUCAAGCAUAUAACAACAAUAAGAAGUACAAACAAAGUGCUCAUGAGAAUAUAAAUAAGAAAAGGCAAUUGAAAACACUAGAAGUAGGAAACAAUGUAUUAAUAUUAAUAAAUGACCUGAAAAAUAAAAUUGGUAAACAAUGGAAAGGUCCAUUUAAGGUGAUAAAACAAAUUAGUGAUGUGAAUUAUCAAAUUGAAAUAAAUGGGAAAAUUAAAACAUAUCACAUAAAUAAUUUGAAAUUAGAUCAUGAUAGAGAAGAUGAGUUGAUACAAAACAUUCAGGAGGAAAUAGAAAAUACAUUUUCAGAAAGAGAAGAAUGCUUAAUGAUAAUAACAAAUGAAAAUCACAAUGAAAAUGAUAUUAAGGAAAUACCUGUAAUUGAAACAAAAGAGAAUCAAACUUGGCAAAAGAUUAAUCUUAAUAAUUUAACUAAGAAAAAGUCAAAAGAUAUAACUAAAAUAAUACAGGAAUACAAAGAAAUUUUUUCCAGCAUACCAGGAAAAACUAAUAUUAUUAAACAUGACAUUAAAGUAACAGACACAAAACUUAUCAAGCUUAAGCCAUAUAGAAUACCGCUACAUUUACAAGACAAAGUAAAGAAAGAAAUAGACAAUUUACUAGAAUCAGGUAUAAUUGAGCCAUCAACAUCUCCUUUGCUUCACCAAUUGUGAUAGCCAAAAAGAAGAAUGGAGAUAUAAGAUUAUGUAUUGAUUAUAGGAAACUUAACAACAUCACAGAAUUUGACCCAUAUCCAAUGCCAAAUAUAGAGGAUAUUUUACAUAAAUUAAAUGGAGCAAAAUUUUUUACUAAAUUGGAUUUAACUAAAGGUUAUUGGCAAAUACCUUUAACAGAAAAUGCAAAACCUUACACAGCAUUUGUAACACCAUAUGGUAUUUUUCAAUGGAAUUAUAUGAGUUUUGGAUUAGUAAAUGCACCUGCCACAUUUAAUAGAAUGAUGAACAUGAUAAUUGGAAACAAAGAAAAUGUUAUUUGCUAUUUAGAUGACAUAUGUAUUUUUAAUAAUAGUUGGGAGGAACAUUUGGUAGAUGUAAAAGAAGUGUUUAAAAUAAUAAAAGAAAGUGGACUUACAAUUCAAGCAGAAAAAGUAGAAAUAGGAUUGGAAGAAAUAAUUUUCUUAGGACAUAAAGUAAAUAACAACAUGAUUAGCCCUAUUGAAGAUAACAUAAAGAAAGUACUUAAUAUUGAAAUACCUACAACAAAAAGACAAAUUAAAAGCAUAUUGGGAAUAGUAAAUUAUUACAGAAAGUUUAUAAAGAACUUAGCAGAAAUAGUGAAUCCACUAAAUGACUUACUUAAAAAAGGAAAACCUCAAAAAGUAGUCUGUAAUGAGGAAUGUGUGAAAGCUAUUGACAGAAUUAAAGAUGUUUUUAGUCAUGAACUAAUAUUAAGACUACCUGAUAAAGACAAAAUAUUUUAUGUCACAACUGAUGCAUCUGGUAAUGCUAUUGGUGGUUGUUUAAUGCAGAACUAUGAUAACUUACAUCCUAUAUUAUAUGUAAGCAGAAAAUUGUCAGAGGCAGAGAAAAAAUAUAGUGUCAUUGAAAGAGAAGCCUUAGCUGUAAUAUGGGUAAUUACUAAGCUAGAGAGCUAUUUAAUAGAAAGGAAAUUCAUAUUAUUAACUGAUCAUAAACCUAUUCAGUAUAUACAGCAAAAGAGCAUGAAAAACAGUCGUGUUUAUAGAUGGUUCUUAUCACUACAGGAAUAUAAAUUUGAAGUGAAAGCUAUUAGUGGAUCUGUGAAUAUUGUAGCUGAUCUAUUGUCUAGAAUGACAUUGAAGUGAAAUAAUUUUGUAAAUAAACUAUGAUUAUAUUGAGUAUGUAAUAUAUAUUAAUAUAUUGACACCAUUUAUAUGUUAUGGAAAAGGGAGAUAAGUAAAUUUGAUGUUAAGCAUUUAAAAGUAAGUAUGGAUAUUUUUUUUUUGUGUGAAUCAUUUCAUAUAUCAUUGACGAAAGUUAGUUCUAUGGAAAAGGGUGAGUAUAAAAGAAAAAUGGACAAAAGCGUAUAAAAGGGUGGUAAGAAAAAAUUUAUUGAAUGUGUAAAUAAAGUCUAUAAUUGUUUUCUGAAAUGUUGUAUUUUAUCAGAUUACUACCAGUGAAGAACAUUUGUGAGUGUAUGACGUGCCCAUAAGAUGCCACAUUUUCCUCCAUAAUGAACUGUGUACUAAUGAAGAUGAUUCUGGAAUGUUAUGAUGAACUGUGUACUAAUGAAGAUGAUUCUGGAAUGUUAUGAACAUUGACAUUGAAUAUGAGGAACUGUCAAGUUAGGAUGAAGAAGUCAAGAUGAAGAUGUCAAGAUUUUAUGUUUGUUUGUCUUCCCCUUAAAUUGAAAAUGCCCUUGUAAGACUUGACAGUAGUGGAAAAAUAUUGACAUAUUUUUUUUUCAAGGGGGGGAGGAAUCUGUUAGACACCUUAUUUAUAUAGGUUAGUUAUUUAGCGACGCACCAUAGAAGACGCAUAUUGAACGGGACUAGUGACGUUUGGGAUAUGUUGGGUUAGAGACUGAAAAAAUCAGUUAGCGAUAGAACAUUCCAGGGUAACGACGUGUUUAGUGACAGAGACUUCUACUGUGGCCUUUUAUCAGAAUAAAUCCAUGUACAAUUGUU